AUGCAUGCAGGUGCAAGCAUCGGAUUUGUUGCCCUUGUGGCUAUCGUCACUGGCGCAUACCUGACCAGGGAAAGGCGAAAGCUACAGCGCAUCAAGCGCAAUUAUUUCCGGCAGCAUGGCGUGGCGUUCAAAAUCUUGUCGGAAGAAGAGCUACAGCAAGCCACCGACAAGUUCGACGAGAAGCGCAUCGUCGGUCACAAAGGCAUCCUCAAGGGCGGCGUCGAGGUGGCCAUCAAGAAAUGCAAGACCAUCGGCGAGAAGCAGAAGAAAGAGUUCGGCAGGGAGAUGCUGAUCCUGUCCCAGAUAAACCACCGGAACGUCGUCAAGCUCCUGGGCUGCUGCCUUGAGGUGGAGGUGCCGGCCCUGGUCUACGAGUUCGUCCCCGGCGGCACGCUGCACGAGCUCAUCCAUGGCAGCCCCGUCCGGCGGCGCAUCUCCCUGGAAGCUCGCCUGCAGAUCGCCCACGACUCCGCCGAGGCGGAGGCACUCGCCUACCUGUACUCGUCGGCGUCGUUGCCGGUCCUCCACGGCGACGUCAAGUCCUCCAACAUCCUCCUCGACGGCGGCACCGCCAAGGUCUCCGACUUCGGCGCCUCCAUCCUGGUGCCGUCGGAUGCAGGGGCGGAUACAAGAGGGCGCCUCCAUCCUGGUGCCGUCGGAUGCAGGGGCGGAUACAAGAGGGGGGCUAGGGGGGCUCAAGCCCCCCUAAGCUCCUCUAAUUACACGUAAAACACUGUAGUAAGACCUCCAAAUCACCAUUAAAUUUUCAUACAAAUCAACAUCUCUAUUGUUUCAUCCCCCUCUUGCCUCCAAUCCUGCAUCCGCCACUGGUCGGAUGAGUCCCAGUUCGUCACGCUCGUGCAGGGGACGUGCGGCUACCUGGACCCGGAGUACAUGCAGACAUGCCGGCUGACCGAUAAGAGCGACGUGUACAGCUUCGGAUUCGGAGUCGUCCUCCUAGAGCUGAUCACCGGCAAGAAGGCGUUCAACCUGCAAGCCCCUGAACACGAGAAGACUCUUUCUUCGAUGUUCUUGGACGCGAUGAAGGGGGGAAGGCUUGACGAGAUGUUGGAUGAUCAGGUCAAGGACAGCAAUAGUAGCAUGGAAAUUGUUGAAGAGAUCGCGGAGCUGGCACGGCAGUGCUUGGAGAUGUGUGGCGAGAAAAGGCCAUCCAUGGAGGAAGUUGCCGACAAGCUUGGCCGGCUGUGGAAGAUGGUGAAGCAUCCAUGGAAGGAUCAGAGUAGUGCCGAAGAGACCAAGAGCUUGCUUGGGCUGCCGUCGUACGAGGUCGAUUCGGGGUUCUUCGCAGAACAGGAAAUUGCUGCAUUGACAAGGAAGCUAUCAUGAGCCUAGAAUUUGGGCUUUAAGUAGUAGCAUAUUGAUAUUCUAAAAUCUAAACAGGUUAUCGUAGUAUAUUGAUCUUCUAAACAGGUUAUCAUAGUAGUAUAUAUAUUAUAUAUUGAUCUUCUAAUCAGAUUCUAAUAGUAGGAUAUUGAUCUUCUAAACAGGUUAUCAUGUAUGUGAGCACAUUGUAUGUAUUGAUGUAUGUUUAUUA